GUCCCCGAGCGGGUUCUCGAGCUUGUGCCGCCAGAGAUGCUGGACGGCAAGAAGGUGCAGAAGGCCUUCCAUGUGACGACGCUGUACCUGGGUCGUGACGCCUGCAAGGACCCUUUCCUGCUGCGGCAGCUGGUGGGGCUGCUGGGCGAGUCCAUUGAGCUCACGCUGACGAGCGUUGCGUCUGAUCCGAAGGGGACGGCGAUCGCGGUGCGCAACGAGGGAGAGUUCCCCUGCGAAAAUGUUCAUCCACACAUCACCAUCGCGAACGCGCCGGGUGUUCCGCCUGCGCACAGCAACGAGCUGCUGGACGAUUCCCAUGCGGAUGACCCGUGCCGCACCGUCGACAGUCUCCCCGCCGGCACACGCGUCACCGGGACAUUUGUCUUCAGGUAG